GUAGCCUAUAUAAAGGGAUUGAUUGUGUAUGUGUGUGUCAGAGAGAGUCUGGAGGUCACUCCAAUACUACAAUGAUAUAAAUAAUUUAAUGAAUAAUGCCUAUUUUACUACUCUUUAAACCAAUACAUAAAGAUGUUUAAGGCACAGUAGCCCCAACCUUCUCGCCGAUGACCAUACCACCCUCCUUGUUUUAUUUUUAUUAUUAUUUUUUUUUUUACAAUUCUACCUCUGUGUACAGGCCUAUAUGUGUGGAAAAGGCGAUAGGCUAUCACAUGUAGUAAUAGAACACACCGCUUGAUGGCGCCAAGCACAAUAUUUUUAUACCCGGCGGGCGGCGAGGGGAGUUCAUGAGGGAUUAUACAUCCUCCUACCAGGGGCGUAGCAGCCCAACUUUUAGAUAAAGGCUAGGAACUUGACGUUAAAGUGAACUGCAUAAAAACAGUGGAUAAUGCUUCUUUCAAACUCAUAGUCUUGAAAGCCAGUUUGCAUCUUGAUGUCAAGAGGGGAAAUGGCUGCUUCCUACAAAUUCCCAUAUGAGAAGCAGGUUCAGUGACAUCCCUGCUGGAAAGCCAUGCGGGCUGAGAAGAGAUGGCACAUAUUGUUGAGUAUGAUUCUUUUGCUCAUCACCUCCAGCCAGUGCAUGGACAGCAAGGAGGUAAAGGAGACGGAAAGGAAAACUCUGCUUAAUCUAAUCCUGCAAGUGAUCGGGGACAAGCCCGCGUCCAGACGCAUCACCAGUGGCCUCUACUCUGUAUCUCAAGAUGUUAAGUUUUCCUCGCGUGAAAAGACUGCACAUUUGUCCAAGCCGGACAACAGCAGACCAAUAGAUAUUGUCCCAAGAGACAUAAGCAUGAAAGACAAAUUUAUAGAACAUUUUACAGCAGGACCAGUCAAAUUUCCAUCUGAAUGCAGGACACAUUUCCAUAGAAUUUAUCACAACACAAAGGAAUGUUCCAGACCGACAUAUUAUAAAAGAUGUGCACGAUUGCUAACAAGGCUAGCUAUGAGUCCCCUUUGCACACAAUCAUAGAAACUGCAUGUCCUGAGGAUAUAAAAGAAGAAACUCCAGAGAUGUUGGAGUAAAUUAUAUUUUCCAAGGAAGUGCCUUCAAAUCACUGCAAUUAACUGUCAUUGUUUUCAUUUUCUGUCAUUUCCAUUUCCAAAGUAUAAUUGUUCCGUAAUACAAUAUUUUUUUGCUCUUUACCAUAAUUUAUGUUUGGUAAUGCUUUUAAAUAUAGUUUUGUUUAAUAGCUUUGCUUUUUAUAUUAUGAGUUUUAAAGAAAGUAUUAUUUAUCAUUGCAGCCAAUUAUUUAUUUAAAUGACAUGUAAAUAUUCUGUCCUAACUACAAGAGAGGAUAUUUGAAUAUGUAUCUCAUUAAGCCAUUAUUACUCUUAAAUAUAUUUCUGUUCCAAAUGUAUUGUUUCAAAUGCAAAUCUAAAAAUAUUUCAUCCCUUACACUUAAAAAAAUAUGUGUAGGCUAUAUGAAAGUCUCUUUCCAUGCUGUCAUUUUCAUGAUAUCUACCAUUGGCACUUAUAGAAAUUAAAAUGAUGAAUUAUUUCAAAUUAUGAAAACACAUUGUUUGUUUUAUAACAAUGGUAAUAUUGCACUGAUGCUUUGAACGAAUAAAAACAUUCAAGCACAA